ACUUUUAAAUUCCUUGUGCGCAUGCGUGUGGCGGCUGCAUCGAUAACUUCGCAGAAGCGUAAUUUUAAAACAUGUCAGAAAAAGGAGAAGUUGAUUUAACUGGAGCCAAGCAGAAUACGGGUGUGUGGCUUGUUAAGGUACCGAAAUACCUCUCUCAGCAAUGGGCAAAAGCGACGGGCAGAGGAGAGGUCGGGAAACUCAGAAUUUGCAAGAAAGGAAACCAAGGAAAAGCAGAGGUGUCUUUCACUUUGAAUGAAGAGCUGACUGUGAUCGAAGGCAUAGAAGAUAAGACGGUGUCUGCACCUCGCGAACACCCGUUCACCAUGCAGUCAGUGGGAGGUCAGAUGCUGGCGGUCUUUACAGAGACUUCAUCAGGCCAGUCAGAAGAGAGAUCUGAUGGCAGCAGCUCAGGUUCGGGGGCGGGGGCAGGUCCAGAUAAAAUAGCCCUAGAGGGGGUGGUAGUGCAGAGAGCAGAGUGCAGACCUGCUGUCAGUGAAAGUUAUAUGAGGCUGAAGAAAUUACAAAUUGAAGAGUCCUCCAAGCCGGCCAGGCUGUCACAACAGCUGGAGAAAGCGGUCACCAGCAACUACAAGCCUGUGGCCAACCACGAUUACAAUCGCGAAUAUGAGAGGAAAAAGAAGGAGGAGGGCAAGAGGGCAAGAGCCGACAAACAGCAGGUGUUGGACAUGUUGUUCUCCGCUUUCGAGAAGCACCAGUACUACAACAUCAAAGACCUGGUGGAUAUCACCAAACAGCCUGUGAUUUACUUGAAGGAAAUCUUGCGCGAUAUUGGUAUCUACAAUGUGAAAGGAACACACAAGAACACCUGGGAGCUCAAGCCAGAGUACAGACAUUACCAAGGCGAGGAAAAAACAGACGAAUAGUUCUCAACCCUCCCAAGGCCAACACACUACCUUCUUUUAGUCAUUGGGGGUCCUUCCCAGACCAGGCCUUGGUUGGACCUGAUUCUCUGAUGUCAGGCUAAAGACACACUGGAUGAUGAGAUCAAGCAAAGGCUGAAUUUACAAGGCGAGGUUGUUGUGAAGUUUAAGUAGCUAAUUUUGUAGAAGACAAAAAAGAAGGAGCAAUGUGAAAGAGGUUUCAAGCUUAUGUGCACCUUCUUUUCCUGAUGUGUCACAGCUCCAGCACACCCCCCAGGUAAGAGACCACACUAUUUGAAUUAUUUUUUCCAUCAGAGGUAUAGGACAUAACAUUUGUGAAGCAUGAGAUGAAUUAAGGAAUUGUGUUUCAUGGCAGUGGAUUCUUUUUUAGUGUUUUGUAUAUCCAGAAGGGAUUUUAUUGGAUAAGACAAGAUAGACCUUAUGAAGAAGAAGGAUUUACACUGGUUGUGGCUCUCACCAAAUUUAUAUGGUGUCUUUUUCUAGUCCGUUUAAUAUUUUCCAUUUGAAAUGCGACUUUCCCCUCACUAUGAGAAAUUCAGCAGACUGGUGCUGACAAAAAGAUGAGCAGCAUUACUGUAAUCAUAAGUUUGUGCUUUGUUCUUGUAUCAAACCAUGUUGUGUAUUUUCAGGUUGUUUUACAUGUGAUUGACUUAUGCAAUAAAUGUGUUUCAUUCGUAAAA